AUGGCAGACGUGGCGUUAGAAGUUUUACAAAAUCUUGGCGAGGAGGCGAAAGAUGUUGUUUACUAUGAGGCACUUCAUCGCGUUCAUGGGGUAAGUACGUAUAUAUAGCUUGACAUAACAUAGUACUAUAGGUUCACAAUUCCACUUUAUAUAGGUACGUGAAAAUGAGGAAAUGAAGAUUUUAAGGCAACCCGGUCUAAACCGUAUUUGUUCUAUCGUUGUGGUAAUAUUAAGCAUUCUCCGAAUUUUGGUAACCAAAAAGUGCAUCUAUAAUGGGCUAUAACGAAGCAUAAAAAUUUUUGUGUAUAUAACAAAUAUGAGUUAUGGGUAUCCAAAUUCAAUAGUUACCACCAUCUAGUUUGCAUGUUUAUUUAUACAAAGAUAAACACUUUUGCGGUGCUUGUUCCUGUGUAAAGUGGCGUCCUCUUGUAAUGCAAAUAAACUCAAUGACGAUAAAACUUGCAUGCACUAACUUUAAUACAUUUUGAGUUAUUCAAACCGGCUGAUAACGUCCUCAUUGAAACUUCGAUUUAGUGUCAAGUCCUAACUUUUUCAGGGAUGAGAACUCUUUCAUAUAUAUUUAUGGUUUAUCGACCAAAUUUCAAAACUUUCCGCAAGCGCAGUAGGUAGCGUAAUAUAUUAUCCAUGCGUUGGAAUUUUGAACAACAGGCUUGCUGCUUAAAUAGACACUAACAUAGAGUCAAGUUUCGCGCACAGCUUCCAAGCGCUAACUUGUUUGAUCAUGGGGUGAAAUGCAGGCUCCGUUUUAGCUGCGGUACUUCUCGUUGAAGAAAGGGGUGCAUGUGAUCGUUUUAUUCACAAUGAAUAUGCUUGAUCUGUUAAAAAUGUACUGUUCAAUUUCAAUAAGAUUCACAAGAGUGUAGCAAUCUACCCCUGUUCGGAAAGUUGCAGAAUUAGUAACUUUUAUCCUCUGAUUAUUAGAAAUGACCUUAGCAUCAAACGCCUGUAUUCUAAAAGCUCACUCACACUCACACUUAAUGAGUGGAGGUUCAAUCUGAGCUUCUCUUGAGUGUCAAUGCUGUUUUUGAAUAGCUGGGGGGUUAGUAGUCACCGUGUAUGGUAUGCCACUAACCCUCCAGCUAUUCAAAAACAGCAUUGACACUCAAGAGAAGCUCAGAUUGAACCUCCACUCAUUGAGUGUGAGUGAGCUUUUAGUAGAAUCCGGGAGAAAGUCUCGUCAUAGCGUGUACCCCUACUACAUAGCGCGCAUUUUUGCGCACCGGCCCUCUUCAACUUGCGUGCAGCACGUAUUUUCGUAAGGUCUAUUUACAUUACACAACUUUUGCCUGAAACUGUUGCAUGACACCUGUUUACAACUCAUUCAGUUGCACUGUGUAAAUCAAGCACACAACUCGCCUACGAUGUCAUAGUGAGUGAAGCAAAGUCGAUAUUAACAUAAGUUCCAUAACUACAAGUAGUUAUAAUUAAUCAUAUUGUUCCUAAUUAGAUACGUUAGCGUGUAAGGUGGGCGUUUCUGGCCGUUUUGCAACCGGGUCACUUGCUAGAAAAUUUAUAUGUAGUGAUAGAAUCGAGUCAUUAUUCAUGAGGAGCCGAUGAAAACAAAAACAAGAAAUAAUGGAACAAAUCUAUUAACUUUUUGUCAAAUAACUUUCCGAUUGUCAACACAUAUUCACUUUCUUAAUACUUGCGUUUUAAUGACUUUACCAGAUGUUAGUAAAUAUUUGGAAAUCACAAACUCGAAAAACUUAACCAUUAAACUAUUCUAUUCGUUAUAUAAACAGUGCGAUAUGUAGAAAUAGAAAAAUAUUUGGAGUUUUGACAUUCAAUAUCGUUUAUGUAAUUCACAGGAUCACUGACUGGAAAUGCAAAACAAUCUGGUUUCUCUUACAAUAAGCUCUGUUUAUUUAGUCAUAAAAUAUAUUAUACAAGAAAUUAACGAAUGAGUGUAGAAUCUCUUGCAACCAAAUGUGACAUUUAACAUGAUGCUAAUUUUUAAUUAUUUUUUUUUAGGAAAACAACGAUGGACAGGGCGAAAAGUAAGUUAUAUAUGCAUAUACCUGAAACGUUUCUUCAAGUUCCAAACGUUUAUAAACUGCUAGCAAUGCAUGGUAGUUCUUUUCGGCUUUCCUCCUAUAUUUUAAUUAAAAAUAUGUAGUAUCAAGGGAUUGCAACUGACAAAGCUAUUAAGUAUAAAUGAAGUUAGUUUGGUUUAUUUUAUUUUUCACUUGAUUUAGGGAACCUAACAAAUGGUCAACCGUUCGACGUCGCAUGGCAACAACGAUGAGAACAAACUCAGUGUUUGGUAUCAAUGGCAGACCACAAGAACAAGCAACGAAUAAUACGUCCUAUUUCUUUUCUGGAAAUUCCUUUAUUGGGAAUACACUAACUAAGAUUACAGUAAGCACGUUUUAAUUUAGUAUCAAGUAUGACUGCUUCCCUGAACAAUUACCAUACAGCAUAGGCGCAAGGUACGUCUACAGCAUAAAUCGUCCGCUACUAAAUUAUUUCUUUCCCUACAGAGAAUAUAUUCAAGAUUGCGCGGGGUGAUAGUCGAUCCUGAAAGUGAUCUUUAUUAUUUUUGGAUGGUAAAGACAUAUUUUGUCAUAAAUUCUAGCAGUGUUCCUAUACACAAUGUCUUCAGUUAGGGUGUGGUCAAUGCAUGCAUCUAAUUUCACCUCAGUCGCAUAAGUGAGGAAAUUGCUUCAAGCCCAACCAAACACUAGUUUUUUUUGGUACUCUCGUUUCCUCCUUCAGUAACAAGGGACGGCCCUUUAGAACUUUCAGAUGAUUUCACCAAAUGAAUCAAUGCUUUUACUUUUUAGGGGACUGUAGCAUUCGCUGUUCUGUACAAUUUCUGGGUGAUCAUUUUGAGAUUGACCUUUCUUGAAAUGCGAAGCCAGGUAAGGCGAGGGAAGAUGUCGAUAAGAAAGACAAGUUUAGAGUGCUAGGUACACGAGUAUGUGACUGCGAGGGCGAGAGGGUUCAGAAGCAAGCUUCUCUUAGAACAUUUUCAACAUAAAACUUACAAAGAUAUAUUUUGGUGAAUUUUGAGGAUAUAUCCAUAAUUUAGUUCUGUAGUUGUAAGGUGGGGAGGGAGAGGGCGGUGUUAUGAAAGACAACUUGACGCUUGCAAGAGGGGGAGUGAGUGAGGUACAAGAAGCUACACCCUCCUAAUGUUUAUUACUGUACACAUGAGAAACUUACAGAAUUAUUUAAUGUUGAUUCCAGAGUGCCUUCAUUGCUUGGGUGUUCAUAUUUUGUGAUCUCACUGCCGACAUGGUAUACCUUCUAGACAUUGUUGUACAGUUUCAUACUGCUUACCUAGAGGACGGAAUUAUAGUGAGUAUACGGAUAUAAUCUUGAACGAUCUGUGCCAGUGCAGGUAGUGCCAAUAAUUAAUAUGAAAGCUGUGGAUUGAUAGGGAUAAAACUACCUGCAUAACACAAGGAGCCCUCGCUUUAAAUGCUGAAGUUCUCCUAGUAUUUUUCAGUUUUCCGUCCACCUCAUACUGGUGGAGAAAACUGAAAAAGAGUUAAAACAUUAAAGAGCCCAUGCCAAGAAACGUUUUCGGCUCCCCUCGUUUUCAGAGAGUCAACGGAAAGUGCCAUGAAUUGUGGAAACUGUUUCUGUUUAACUUAAAUUGAAGCCCUACAAUCUGUCACACCAUUUUCAAAUUAAAAAAAUUCUUUUGUCUAGGUUCGGGAUCAAGGAAAACUCUGGAGAAAUUAUAAACAGAAGUCUUACUUUGUGUCCGAUGUCAUCUCCAUAUUUCCUCUGAAUUUUAUCGUCAACUUUCUCCAAGGUGAGAUCAAUUGCAAUGCAGUUGUUAAAAAAUUCUCCCCAGUCCAUGCGAGAUGAGCGUUUGACUUUGCCAAAUUUUCUCUGGCUACUCAAGUUUCCUCGCGUAUACUGAUCACUGGAGUAACAAAGAAUACCUGCUCGAUCCACUUUUGAGGAAACCAGCUUAGAACUAUACACACAUAAAUGUUAUAGGUCUGCAAACAAGUUCUUACAAAUCUGUUUACAACCUGUCGACAACUUGCGUUCGCACUGCUUGUUCCCAAUUGUUGUAACAAGUCUGGAACAAGCUGUUAACAACCUUGUAACAAGCUUGAUGGCAUUAUCGGAUUUGUAACAAGGUUGUUCUAACAAGUCUGAUACAGUCAUGAUAUAACAAGAAUGUUACAAGAUUGGCGACCCAAGGUUGUAACAUGACUGUAUCGAACUUGUUGGAACAACCUUGCAACAAGUCUGAUAAUGUCAUCAAGCUUGUUAUAAAUUGUUAACAGCUUCUUCCAAACUUGUUAACAACUUGAGAUAAGCAGUGCGAACACAACUUGUUGACGGCUUGUUGGCAGACUUGCUACAAGAUGAGAUUUUUUCAUGUGUAAUAAAGCUAUCCUGCAGUAAAAAUUAGUUUUAAUAAACACCAAACAACUCUUCUUUCAGAUCCUUUACUGUCUCAAAUGCUUCGUAUACCUCGCCUGUUCAAAUGGCACACAAUCUCAGAUAUGUUUGAGAUGAGCGAUUCUCGUACUAGCAAGCCAUAUGGAGUACGUGCUCUAAAGUUGACUAUAUAUCUCGCAAUCAUUAUUCACUGGUUUGCAUGUUUCUACUUCAUGAUUUGUGAAUACGAGGGAUUAGGAAGUACUGGCUGGACCUACCCGGAAUUGAAGGGGAACGAUGAUCGCUUUAUAAGGUAAUGAUGCAUCAUGUUGUUAUGAUGGUGGUAGUGAUGGUGAUAGUGAUGGGAUGAUUGUUGCUGGUAUAUAGUGUGGUAAUGGUGGUGAUGAUGAACAUGGAUGGUAGUUAUGGUAAUGUCACUGGUGUUUAAGAUAAUGAUAGUGAUAGUCUGGUGAUGGUGAUGUUGCUGAUAUUCAUAAUGGUGAUAGUGGUGAUCAACUAAUGAUGAUAAUUUCGACGAUAAUGAUGUGGUUGUCAUGUCGGUGACAAUGGUAGUGGCUAGCUGUGAUGGUGAAGUUGGUGGUGUUGAUGUACUAGUGAUGAUAUGAUGAUGGUAAUCAUGUUGGUGAUAAUGAUAGUAGCGGUGGUGUUAGCUAUGGUGGCAAUGACACAGGUGCAGAUACUGUUGUUGAUAGCAGCAAUAAUAAUUAUUAUAUUUAAACGAAUAGUAAUACGUACUUGUUACGUGACGACAUACACGUAUAUCUGUCUUUAGAAAGUACAUCAAGUCCUUAUUCUGGGCAGCGUUGACGUUAACUACAAUUGGAGAAAAUGAAAGUCCUGAAACUACUUUGGUAUGAAUUGUGAAUUAUGAUACUAAACUACUAGAGUAACUUUACAGUAAAUACUUCUAUCAGUUCUAAAUGCUCGAGAUCCAGCAAGGAUCAUCUCUUGACUUUUAUUGAUCUAGUGUUACUACGGGAGCAAACCUAAACUAAUGAUUCAAUCUGUCUGAUUAUGAACAGCAAUUAAUUGUGAGAUGUUGUGAUUUCUUUCAAGGAGUACGUGUUCACAGGCUGUACAUUUCUUAUUGGUGUUCUGUUGUUUGCGACCAUUGUUGGGAAUAUGGGUGACGUCAUCAGUAGCAUGAAUGCUGCACGAGCAGAAUUUCAAGAAAGGUAGAGUGGGUGCAGUUUUCACGACUUUGGGUUUGCCCACAAGACUGUAUUGUCAGCAAGGCCGGACAGAUCGAGUACCCCUUCUGAAAUUCAUCCAAUUCGACCGAAGAUUAAUAUCAGAAGUGGUACGCAAAAAAUCUUGAAUCAGGGUGGUGCCAAUGUAGGGUACAGGGUUGGUGGAUGGUAAUGCAGCAGGAUUUAGAUAAAAAUAAAAAUCUAUUGACCACAUUAAAAUGUUUAAAUACUAAGCGCAAAUUCAAAUCUACAUAUAUAUUGUUUCUCCCUGCGGCUGAGUUAUGUUUCAAACAAAUUUAGAAUGGACGGCAUAAAACGCUAUAUGGAACAUCACGAGAUACCUGAACAGUUACAAGAUAGAGUUAAACGAUGGCUGCAAUACUCAUGGUCCAGGUAAUAAUUACCCAACAUCGAGGAUAAACUUAUUACAAUACUUUCAAUACACUGUCUAACAAACCUGUACAGAUUUGUAGCAAUGCUGUUCCAACAACUUGUCAACAGGAUGUAUUAGCACUGCUUGUUAACAGCUUGUUGACAACAAGAUUGCUGAGCUCAACAGACUUGUUACAGGUUGUUACAGGUUGUCCUGCAAUUCAACAAUUUCUCAACAAGAUUUUGAGUGACAAACUUGCAGCAACUUGAUAAAAUAACAUCAUUGUCACAACUUGUUGACAAGCUUGCUACAUGUUUAUUGCGAACACAUCUUGUCGACAAGUUGUGAGAUUUUUACAUGUGUAGUUCAGAAACAAUAAUAUUGUAAAACAUUACAUAUACCCAUGUUUCAUAUCAAUUUUAUACUUUCAAGAACCAAAGCCCUGGAAGAGCAAACUACCCUUGGCUUUCUACCUCACAGAUUAAGAACAGAGAUUGCGAUUCAUGUGCAUUUGGAAACAUUAAAGAAGGUAAAAAAUUCAAUACAGAUCCAACUCUACCAUCAUAAAAUAAAACUCCAUGCAUGAAUAUGUCAUGAAUCACAUUCAAAUAAGUGCUACACAGGCGCUGCUUCAGUUGUUGUCACAUGUUUGUAACAAGUUAUCAUGAUGUUAUGUCAUUGUGUGCGUUUUCAACGAUAUCUCAUUAAAUUGUACUAAAUAGCCUUACUAAAAUGUUUUCAAACGUCAGGUGAAGAUAUUCAAAGACUGUGAACAAGGAUUCCUUUGCGAGCUUGUUUUAAAACUUCGUUCGCAAAUAUUUUCACCCGAAGACUACAUUUGUCGUAUUGGCGAAAUAGGUAUGUAUGCAACAAUUCAGUAACGACUAACCUUCUUUCGUUCUCCAAAUUGAUAACUAACUUGAACAAAGUAUAAAACAUCAAUCUUUUCACUUUUCCUACUAGGACGAGAAAUGUACAUAAUUAACCAUGGAAAGGUCGAAGUAUGUGGUGGUAUCUGAUCAUAAUUUGCAUGCUAGGAACGUUACAGUAGUAUGACUCUACCAAACACAUCAGGUAUCUUCUGGAUACACACGUAAAAAUCUCCCAACUUGUCAACAAGAUGUGUUCGCAACAGGCUUGUAGCAAGCUUGUCAACAAGUUGUAACAAUGCUGUUAUUUUAUCAAGUUGCUACAAGGUUGUCACUCACAACUUGUUGACAAAUUGUUGAAUUACAGGAUAACAAGUUGUUGGAACAACUUGUAACAAGUCUGUUGAACUCAACAACCUUGUAGCAAGUUGUCAGCAAGCCGUUGACAACUUGUCAACAAGCUGGGAACAAGCAGUGAGAACACAUCCUGUCGACAAGUUGUUGGAAGACUUGGAACUGCAUUGCUACAAGUCUGUUGCAUGUUCGUUACAACUUGUGUGUUUUUACGUGUGUAGUUUACUCAGUCCUAAUAUUCUUUCCAGGUUGUAGUUCGCGACUCUUCCAGUGGUGAUCCAAUCGUCGUAGCCUCGCUUUCAGAUGGGAACUACUUCGGUGAAAUAAGUUUGUUGAGAUUGGACGGAGGAACAAACAGGUACGCAUAUGGAACAAUGAUUAUUGAGAAAUGGUACAAAUACCUCACCUCUUCUUCAUCAUUGUAAAGGCUUCUGACAUUUUCUGUUUCCAGGAGGACUGCCGAUGUUCGUUCAGUUGGUUACUCAGAGUUACUUUGUUUAUCCAAGAAAGAUUUAAUGGAAGUACGAUCUUCUUCAUUCCAAUAAGAAAUAUCGUUUAGCCCAAAAAGUGAAAACUGGAUUAAUAAAAUUCUUUUCUUCAAAGGCGCUUAAAGAAUAUCCUGAGGCUCACGAAAUACUUGAAGCCCAAGGUAGAGACAGGUAAACAUAUCUACACCAUUAUCUCCUCAGUCCUGGUAUCGAAAAUAAUUUCUAUAAAAAAAUGUAACAUAUUGACGCGCUGCUUCUCAUUGCUGCUGGUUUAGUAGGACAUAUCUUCACAUGCAAAGCACGUGCCUAUUCUUUUUCUGUACACGUCCAGUCGACUCUUCUGAUAAAUAUGUAUCACGUUUUUUUUUAACCUUCGGUUGACGUCCACUUACUCAUGCAGAUACCGAGCUAAAGCGCUGAGCUGACGAAUGGUUAUCGAUAAUUUUUAAUCCUGUUUUAACCUAGAUUACAAAGAACCAAGACGGAAAAGAAUGCAAUGAGAUUGAGGACGAAAAACAAGGACACAGCAGAGGAAGAUUUUAAUAGCAUUGGUACGACUAUUUUCUGUUUGUCUGUUUGUCUUUCUGUUUGUUAUUAAUCCCAAUGUAUCCUGACAGUUCCUUUUCUCAUUCACGUUCGCAGAUGACGGAGUAAAAGAACUCAAAAGUCUGGUAGAGCAGUUGAAAUGCUUCGACAAACUGGUAAUAGUCAAAACAAAAUUGUAAUUCUGUAGAUAAUAUAACAAAACUUUAUUUAUACUGGAUCCAUCAGUUCUACAAUGUUCUCCCUAGAGGUCCAAUGAUGACCUAAUUAGUCUCUGUGAUGACAUUUUUCGAUUCUGAAUUUUAGGAGGAAAAACUUCAGACGACUCAACUUCAAAACCAGGUAACUAGCCAACACUGGCUGCAUUUCUCAUAGUGAGUUCUAGUCGACGCUAACAUUCAAUCGUCUACUUAUAGUGCAACGCUCUACGUUUGCAAGUCGAGGAAGUGGAAAUUGAAUUGAAGAAAUCAAGGAAAAGAUCUUAUGCACUGGAAAGAAUGUUGUUGAGCAGAUCAAAUGGUUUUUACGACACAACAAAAGAAUAUGAAGAACUAAGUAUGGACAACGGAGUCAAUAAUGAUAAUUUACGGGACCUUGCAACAACCAAUCAUAUGAGAAAACGCUUGUCACCUGACCACACAGAAACCAAUCAUAUGAGAGAUGAUUCAUAUGACUCUGCCAAAAGGAGUGAUGAAUCAUGUGACCAAGGAACAGCCAAUCAUAUUACAGAUGAAUCAUCACAUGACCAUGAGGGAACAACCAGUCAUAUGACAGAUGAUAACUCCAUAAUAACAAUUGACACGAUGGAUGAAUCAUCGCAUGGCUAUACGGCUAGAACCAAUCACACGACAGAGAAUUAUCAAGACAAAACCACAAGAACCAAUCACAUUAGAGAUACUGAUCCACGUGACCCUACCAAAGCAACCAAUCUCAUGCUAGAUAACUCACGUGAAACUACUGAAAGGACCAAUGAGGCAACGAGCAGAACACGUGACCAAGGUAUAAUACCCGAUGAAAAUGACGUGAAGAAUUCACUUGACCAGAAAUCCUUGACCUUGAUCCUCGACAGAAAUAACAAUAGUGCAACUCAAGUAGUUGAAAGUUAUGAAAACACAAGCAGAACAUGUCUGAGAGGAUAUCAGACAGAUUUACCAAGGGAGCACUUAAUAAAAGAAACGCCAAGCUUUGCGAAGUCGCCUCAUACAAGAUCUUAUCCACAGAAAGAAACAAGAUAUAUUUCAGUUUAUCAAAUGAACCUUUCUCGCCGAAGGAGCUCAGUAUGAAUAGUGGUACAGUGCAUG